AUGACAGCUAAUGCGCCCACGCUGAUCAAUCUGCCGCCGCCGCCAUCUGGAGACGAGACUCCAGGCGAUGCUCCGGGCACACCCAAUUCCGUUACAACUACCAUGUCUGAGUUGUCUACUGUUGCCAUCAAGGACGGACAUCGAGGCCACUUUCCCCACCAUCGCAAUCCAGCUGAAGCUGAGCGCGCGGAUCGCAUCUCACGUCUGGCUGGCCUUGAGCGGGUUGCAGUCUCUGGCCGCUCUUCCCAAGGACUCAACCCAGGUGUCGCAGCCAACCACCCUCUAGCUUACUUUGACGCAAACAACCAACCCCAGCUGUUCCGCGAGCGCAGUACCGUUGGCAGUGCUAGUGCCACUGGAUCUGUCGGUGGUCGCACAACCUGGGCCAGCGGCAGCGAUGUGUAUGAGCCAGACCGGAUGAGCGAGGAUCAGGACAUGGACACUUCAAGCAUGGGUGGCUUCAGCGACGAGGCGGCUUCUCUGGUCGGUUUCGGUGAGGGCGCGAGGACGCCAGCUCGCCACAACAGUCAGCUCGGCAGUCCGGCUGUGGGCAAAGCGAGCGCAUUGCCUGGCUAUCUAAGGGACCAGACCCCGGCGAGCCCUAUGUCGAGCGUCGGCGUCCCUCCCAGCGCGGGAUCGACGCAGACCAUGUCGAGCACUGAGCAGCAGAAGAAAGAAGCACGCAUGAUGAAUGGCAUGACGUACGACGACAAGAUCGUCGACACUGCUAGCGAUGGGCCUACUACCAGUGGCCGGGAUGGCGACUCGACCUCAGGAGACGCCAUCCGCAAGCGCAUGCAACAACGCCAGGCUGACCAGGACGCGCUGACGCCUGAGCAGCAGAAGGAUGCCUAG